AUGGGUACCAUAUAUGAUGACUUAUUCACGCUUCCUUCUGAGCUUCCACGGCUGGGUCACUACGACGCCGAGUACAUCUACAUCAUCAAUCUCGACCUCGAGAUUCUCACCAUUAACAACAGUAUCCAUUGGAAAUUGGGCAAUAUACUACGAAACAACCUGUGGCUUCGCGCCAUUGCGGACAGCAUCUACCCGUAUAAGCCGACCAUCUCCCUCGACGUUUUUCCCGAAGAAUAUAUAGCUUCAUCAGCUCUAGAGCUUCCUACGCCGGACAGAAUGAUAGGAUACAAUUUUGCCACUGUAGUUCUAAAAAGGGACAUGGAGCAAGCCCCAAUUGCGUUUCUCAGGCAUGUUCUCGCUGAGACGCUUAUCGAACAUAAAGACGACAUCGUUAGAUUUGGCAGAGGAUGGAGCCCAGCCUUGUUUCCUUUCCUUCAAGUAGCCUUUACCCUCGUCUCAAUCGCGUCCGGCCAGGCUAGCUUCUUUUAUUUCCCCGACCAGCCGUUUGACCCUCGUUCUUGCUAUUGGGUAGGAUGCAACUCUAACCACCUCCACAUGUCAUCGGGAUGGCUCGACCAAGACUGGGCUGGUGAUCACGCUUCAUUGCUCGAGUUUGGCUCUAUGUCUCGUCGACCGGACGAGCUUCCGGGUGUGUCGCACUCGGAAACGAUAUAUUGGCAUGAGGAUGUGCUUGUUAGCCUCUCACUGAUAGUUGACGGCAAAGCUAUCACGGAGGCUGUUACCUACGGCGUCGAACAGGGCCGUGUCAACCUUCAGAUCGUUGUUUUCUCACUUUUCAAAGCCGCUUUUGCAGAAGCUAAAUUUUAA